AUGUCCAAGGCCGUCAAUGAAUGGAAACAGUUGGCAAAGGCACUCAAAGAUGGACCCGAAAAGUUAAUCAAGGCUGCCCUAGCGGAUCCCCCAGCACCUGGUACCCGGAUCUUUCCUCCCAACACACCAAAAAAGAACGAGGAAUGGGGCUUUCGCGUCGACAGCGGCCAUUACAACGAGCAAUCAAAGGAACUCAACGCUGUUCUCCAGAUUAACAAUGAGGCCACAGCUGAAGCUUUGGUGGCCUAUCGUGCAAAGCACAAGGCACAUGCAAAACUGGCCACAGAGAAGUUCAACACAGCCGCUGAGGACUUAUGGGCAGAAUUCGAUGGCGGAUCAGGCGAAGGACAAGCUUGGCUAGAGUGCAGCAUGAAGUGCAUCAGUGGGGCGGCCCCCCUGGGUUUCUUUUCUUCCCUAUCGGUAUAG